GCGCCCGGAGCGCGUCCCCGCUCCGCGCGUCCCCGCUGCGCCGGCCCGGCCGCACCGAGCCGCAGACAUGGACGAGGAGCGGGAGACUCUGCAAAGGAUUGUCAGUACUCUAGUGAACAAAAAUGAUGAAAUUCACAACUUCAUUGACAUGCUGAACCAUACAAUAUCAAAUGUUCAGGUAAACUCCUCUAAUGCCAUCAGUGAGCUGGAUGAGGAGUUUGAUGGUCUGUACUCUGUGCUACAUGAGAUGAAGGGGAGCAUGGCCAACACUAUUCAGCAAGAAGAAGCUCGUAAAAUUCAAGCUCUGCAGGAUCAGCUGAGCCAGUGCAGCCGUGCCCUGGAGAGCUCAGAAGAGCUGCUGGAACUUGCUGUGCAGUCGCUGGACAUAAAGAACCCCGUGGAGCUCUUAGAGGCUUCCAGACAGAUCAAAGAUAGUGUCACAGUGGCUUCGGCGUUCCGCCUCUCUCUGAAACCAAAAGUCAGUGACAGUAUGACUCAUAUGAUGGUGGACUUUGCCCUGGAGAAGAGGAUGCUCCAAGCUGUGAAGUUUUUGCCAGUCCCUAAAGCUCCAGAGAUAGAUGUAGCAGCGUGUCUGGUUGCUGACAACUGCAUAACAAUAUCGUGGAGGAUGCCUGAGGAGGACAGCAGAAUUGAUCAUUUUGUGCUGGAGUAUAGGAAAACCAACUUUGAUGGGCUCCCUCGACUGAAAGGGGAACAGCGUUGGGAGCUGGUUGACUACAUUAAAGCUACUCAGUACACAUUAUCAGGUCUGAGAUUUGAUACAAAAUACAUGAACCUUAGAGUACAAGCUUGCAACAAAGCUGUGGCAGGUGAAUACUCCGACCCCGUGACUCUGGAAACCAAAGCAUUUGUGUUCAGUUUGGACAGUACUUCAUCUCAUCUGAACUUGAAAGUUGAAGACACCUACGUUGAAUGGGAUCCUACUGGAGGCAAAGGCCAAGAAAAAAUAAAAGGGAAGGAAAAUAAAAACAGUGGCCAGAAUCCUCUGCUGAAGAGCAAUAGAAGAAGCAACACAGCGUCUCCCAAGAGAUCCACUAACAGCCCAAGGGCCUUGUCAAGGGGCAGCCGGGAUCGCUUUGCUGGUGAAUCCUACACCGUGCUGGGAGACACUGCUGUUGAAAGUGGACAGCAUUACUGGGAAGUGAGAGCCCAGAAGGACUGCAAAUCCUACAGCGUGGGAGUAACAUACAGAAACCCGGGGAAGUUUGACCAGCUGGGAAAGACUAAUUCCAGCUGGUGCAUCCAUAUCAACAACUGGCUGCAAACCACCUUCUCAGCCAAGCAUAACAAUAAAGCAAAGACUCUUGAUAUACCUGUCCCAGACAGAAUAGGAGUAUACUGUGACUUCGAUGGAGGUCAGCUUUCAUUUUAUAAUGCAAGCUCAAAGGCAUUGUUACACACCUUCAGAACGAAGUUUACCCAACCAUUGCUACCAGGCUUCAUGAUCUGGUGUGGUGGCCUCACAGUGACGACUGGAUUGCAGGUGCCAAGUGCUGUGAAAACUCUUCAGAAGAGUGAAAAUGGAUUGGGUGGUUCAACAAGCAGCCUAAAUAAUGUUGCCUAGUAAUGUCUGUUUAAAGCUUCUGCUGCUGAAUGUUUUUGUUUCUCUGUGUAGCUACUACUCACGGAAGCUUGUGAGCAUUGGAUUUUACUGGGUUUGCUACCUUCUGCUGUUUAGGGCCCAGGUACUGAUAGUGCAAAGGUGUUGGGGCUAAAGUGUUAGGAACCAGUGCAGGGAAUCCAGAAAAAUGCCAGAAAGCUGAACUGUUGCCUAUUUAAAAAAAAGAAAAGAAGCCAAGAGCUGUUACUAUGGACUUUUCUAAUACUGUAUUCAAGCAUUUUGUUACAGACUUGAAUAUUAAUUUUGUUAUAAAUACUAUUCUUCUAUGAAGAAUAUAGCAAAUGCAAUUUUUUAGCUCUCCUAAUGGAAAUUACUUAACUGUGUAUUUAAUAAUUAAAUAAUUAAAUAAUAAUUAAUGCUAGGCUUGCCAUUAAAAUUUGUGAUUUCUGAGAUGCAUUUUGAAACAGACUGAUUUGCUGGCCUAUCCUGGCAAAAUACCACAAUAGCAUGGUUUCAGAAGGAUAUUGUAAGAAUGUCUAGGCCUGGUAUGAAGAAACAGUAAGAGCAGGCUGUGAUUAUUUCCCCCAGUGAAAUAAAAUCCUCCUAUUUUCCAUGAGUAACUCCUUUUUAAAACCAUGUGUAUUGAUAUUGGCUCCUGUUUGUCACCAUUGCAUUAAUUGCAUUCUAAUUACAUUAGAAAAUUACGUAUGGAUGUUCCAUUGCCUUGACCCCCGUUUGCAAGCCUAGUAAAACAGUAGUCAAAUGAUUCAUAGUAAUGGGAGAGCUAAAAAAAGAAAAAAAAAAUCAUGUUAUAUUCUUCGUGGAAAAUCCCAGCUUGUCAGUGGGAAUUACUAGGUUAUUACAGGCUUUUUUAAUCUGCUUUCUUCCCUCUAAUCAAGCCGAGGAGCCUAUAAAUAGUUUUCAGGUACACUCAUGAAUCAGGUGUUUCCUAACUGAAGAUUGUUUUCUGGUAUCACCUGAAAACUGCUAUAAAUUCAUGGUCCGUAAUGAUUUGGCUCAUUUGCUGCUGGGCCAAUAUAUUUUCCUUCUGUAUAUCCUUUAACCCAUAGAACCAUAAACAUCUAACCGUGUUAAACCUCAAUAUUACCAAUGGCUCCUUUCUGUCCAUCACAAUUUCUCAAGAGAAGGAGAAAUUCCUUGAGACACCUUCUAAUAAACUGGCUAUGAUGUUCAGUGAAAAAGUUGAAAAUUAGCAAGGAAAUGUAAUUACCUGUUCUGGAAAGUGUUAUUUUUCUUGAGGAAUCAUGAAGUUGACAGGUUGGCUGAGCCCUAAAUGUUUAUUUUGUAUCGGGAACUUGAGCAUUUCUUAAUUAUUUGCAUUGUGAACUUGUAAUCUCUUUUUGCAGAGGAAAGUACAAACUAGUUCUCCCAGUUUAACUGUACCUUCUUCUGCGUGUUCUGUUGCUUGGGCUUUGGGACAAAGAUACUCAGAAGUGACGUGGUUCUUGGUCAA